UCUAGUCAUCUCAUUUCCUACUGCUUUCCACCCAACCUCUUUGUAUUUUCUUACUAAGUCUAAAGAGUAUAACAUGUCUUCAAGACUUGCAGAGGUUUAUAGAGAUUACCAAGUCCACGUCCAUCAAAAUAGUCACAUAGAUUUGGAAUCACUACGUGAAGUACCCGAAUCACAUGCAUGGCCUCCACUCGAUGACUACCCAUCCAAGGACUUAACUGGUGUGGAGUCAGUUCCUGUUAUUGAUCUCACAGACCCUGAAGCUAUGAAGCUUGUGGGUCAUGCAUGCAUGACUUGGGGUGCAUUCCAAGUAACAAACCAUGGCAUCCCCGUGUGCCUUCUCAACCACGUCGAGUCCGAGAGUCGCCGCCUUUUUUCUCUCCCUCCCCAACAAAAACUCAAGGCUGCUCGUUCACCUAAUGGAAUCUCUGGAUAUGGCCUCGCUAGAAUCUCUUCCUUCUUCCCCAAACUCAUGUGGUCUGAAGGCUUCACCAUCGUCGAAUCCCCAACUGAUCACGCUCGCCAACUUUGGCCACAAGACUACAACAACUUCUGUGAAGUAAUGGAAGAAUAUGAGAAAAAGAUGAAGCAACUAGCCAGGAGAUUGCUAUGGCUGAUGAUGGAAUCCUUAGGCAUAAACAAAGAAGACAUCAAAUGGGCAGGUCCUACAGGCGAUUUGGGUGAUGCCUGUGCUGCGUUACAAUUGAAUUCAUAUCCUGCGUGCCCGGAACCAAACCGGGCCAUGGGUCUUGCUGCACACACAGACUCAACUCUCUUGACAGUCCUAUACCAAAACAGCACAAGUGGUCUGCAGGUUCUCAGAGAAGGAGCUGGCUGGGUGACAGUACCUCCCCUCGCAGGUGGAUUAGUUGUCAACGUAGGAGACCUUCUUCACAUCCUCUCUAAUGGUCAGUACCAGACGGUUCUCCACCGUGUGGUUGUUAACUGUACCCACCACCGGCUCUCCAUCGCCUACCUCUAUGGACCUCCGACGAACGUUCAAAUCUCACCACUCUCAAGACUAGUCCAACCCAGCCAACCUCCUCUCUUUCGUCCAGUGACAUGGACCGAGUACCUGCGAGCAAAGGCAAAACAUUUCAACAAAACACUAUCAUUAGUUCGACUAUGCUCACCUUUACAUGGAUUAGUCGAGAUUAAGGAUAAUAAUAGUGUGAAAGUUGUCUAGUUAAUAUUGAUUAACCUUCAUCUUAGUGUUAGUUUGAUUUGAUUAAUCUUAAUCCACAUUCCCACUGGUUAGCCACGCUAAGAACACUCUUUUCUGCUUGGAUGCUUGUGAUGAUAUAAAAUUAAAAGGCUUAAGCGAGUAAGAUGUAUCAAAUCAUGUAAAUGGAAGCA